CUCAGCAGGGCGGGACUCCAUAGCUUUGAAGCGCAUGAUGAAGCAUUUAAAUACUAGUGAAUUUGUCUCAUCCUUCACAGUCUUACUCUGCCGUUUGCUGGUUAAAGCGAGUCAAGGCAGAAGCUAAACUCUCUUUACAGCCACACAGACUCGGCACCGUCAGCAUGGCCUCCUCAGAGCUCGCACUUUUGAGCGUGUCAGACAAAACUGGACUGGUGGACUUUGCCAAGGGGCUGGUGGAUGUCGGACUGUCUCUGGUCGCCUCGGGUGGCACAGCCAAAGCCCUGCGUGAUGCUGGGCUGGCUGUCAGGGAUGUGUCUGAGCUGACUGGACAUCCAGAGAUGCUGGGGGGCAGAGUGAAGACCCUGCACCCCGCUGUCCAUGGAGGUAUCCUGGCCAGGAAAACCCCCACUGACACCGCAGAUAUGGAGAAGCUGGGCUACAGCCUCGUCAGAGUGGUCGUGUGCAACCUCUACCCAUUUGUGAAGACCGUCUCCAACCCGAGUGUUGCGGUGGAAGAUGCUGUGGAGCAGAUCGAUAUCGGUGGCGUAACUCUGUUGAGAGCAGCGGCCAAGAAUCACGCUCGGGUCACCAUACUGUGUGAUCCUGCUGACUAUUCGGUGGUUGCCAAGGAGAUGGAGAGUUCAGGAGACAAAGACACAACCCUGGAAACCCGAAAGACUCUGGCCCUCAAAGCCUUCACACACACAGCGCAGUACGACGAGGCCAUCUCUGACUACUUUCGUGGGCAGUACAGCCGCGGUGUUUCCCAGCUGCCUCUGCGCUACGGCAUGAACCCUCACCAAGCACCCGCCCAACUCUACACGCUGCGCCCAGCCCUGCCGCUCAAAGUGGUCAACGGUUCCCCCGGCUUCAUCAACCUGUGUGACGCUCUGAACGCCUGGCAGCUGGUCCGAGAGCUGAAGAGCGCCCUCGGCAUGGCUGCUGCCGCCUCCUUCAAGCACGUCAGCCCUGCUGGAGCUGCAGUAGGAGUUCCUCUGACGGAGGAGGAAGCCAAAGUGUGCAUGGUGCAUGACAUGCUGAAGGAACUCACCCCGCUGGCCACGGCCUACGCCAGGGCGAGGGGUUCAGACCGAAUGUCUUCUUUUGGAGACUUCAUUGCUGUGUCCGAUGUGUGUGACGUUCCCACUGCCAAGAUUAUAUCAAGAGAGGUGUCCGACGGUAUCAUUGCUCCUGGGUAUGAUGAGGAGGCGCUCAAGAUCCUCUCCAAAAAGAAGAAUGGCAACUACUGUGUGCUUCAGAUGGACGCAGACUACGAGCCUGAUGAGGCUGAGGUGAGAGUGUUGUUCGGUCUCCAUCUCAAACAAAAGAGGAAUGGAGCUCUGAUCAAUAUGGAAUUCUUCAGCAACGUGGUUUCCGAAGGCUCGCUCUCGGAGGAAGCUGUGCGUGACCUCGCUGUGGCCACCAUUGCUGUCAAGUACACUCAGUCCAACUCUGUCUGCUACGCUAAAGAUGGACAGGUUGUUGGUAUUGGCGCUGGUCAACAGUCUCGUAUCCACUGCACGCGGCUGGCGGGUGACAAAGCGGAUAACUGGUGGCUGAGACACCACCCUAGUGUCCUGAGCAUGAAGUUCUGCAGCGGUGUGAAGCGAGCGGAGAUGGCCAACGCAAUCGACCAGUACGUCAGCGGCACCAUUGGAGAGGGCCCAGACUUGGCAGUUUGGAAGUCAAAGUAUGAAGAGGUGCCUGAGCCCCUGUCAGAGACUGAAAAGAAGAACUGGAUCAGCUCCCUGCAGGCCGUGGCUGUCAGCUCUGACGCCUUCUUCCCCUUCAGAGAUAACAUAGAUCGGGCCAAGAUGAGUGGCGUGAAGUACAUCGCAGCUCCAGCUGGCUCUGCUGCUGACAAGGUUGUGAUUAAUGCCUGUAAUGAGCACGGCAUCACUCUGGUGCACACCAACCUGCGGCUCUUCCACCACUGAGCACCUCAGCACUUUGGGAUCAUUAGUCAUUGCUGGUACUCUAAACGUUCCUACCCUCAUCACGCUAAAGUGUAGAGGUCCCACUGUUUUGUAACGAAUCACCAACAUUCCUUACUUGAGAUCCUAACAUCAAAGAGAUGCAGUAACUUUUCAGUGUGAAAUAAACUGUAAUUGACA